CUUCACCCCGCGCUCCCGUCACUCCACCCUUCCCAUAUCUCUCUCCCUCUCUCUCAUCACUCCGCCAUUCGCAGAAACAACUUUGAGAAUGGCCUCAAAUGCAUUGAUGAGCUGCGGCGUCGCGGCAGUUUGCCCCUCAGUGCUCUCUUCUUCUAAGUCAAAAUUUGCCGCUGCCGUGCCCGUGGCUGGUGUUGGUACUAAUGCUGCGGCCGGUUUCACAAUGUCGGCCGACUGGAUGCCCGUGGGUUUUCAGCCAGGAAUUUUAGUACCAGAGGCAUUGGGGUUGGGCAACUGGGUAAAGGCACAAGAGUGGGCAGCUGUACCUGGGGGACAAGCCACCAACCUGGGGAACCCUGUCCCUUGGGGCACCCUUCCCACCAUUUUGGUCAUUGAAUUCCUUGCCAUUGCCUUCGUCGAGCACCAAAGAAGCAUGGAGAAAGACCCCGAGAAGAAGUACCCCGGUGGAGCUUUCGACCCAUUGGGUUUCUCCAAGGACCCGGUUAAGUUUGAAGAGUACAAAGUCAAGGAGAUCAAAAAUGGUCGUCUUGCCUUGUUGGCUUUUGUGGGAUUCUGUGUUCAACAGUCAGCUUAUCCGGGAACAGGACCGCUGGAGAACUUGGCAACUCACUUAGCUGAUCCAUGGCACAACGACAUUGGAGACAUCAUUAUCCCUAGAAGAGUUUUGCCAUGA